ACUAGUUCCGCAGUGCAGCUAAAAAAACAGACCAAUUAUUUGUGAUUUGGAAGAAAUUUUUCAAAUUUCUUCAAGAUUCUUUUCUUUUCGUUUUAUGAGAUUUUUCCAGUAACAACUGAAAAAGAAGUCGAAAGGAACAAAGUUUUAAGCGAAAAAAGAUUGAUUGUUUUCUCAGGUAUGGGCGGUGCUCGACAGAGAUAUAUUACAUCGGUGUGCACAAGCUAGAGGAAACUAAUGUAAAUAGAUAUAUUACAAAAUGGCAGUAUAUCACAGGCUGUAUCGGUUACUAGGCUCUUGGAACUCUUGGAGUAGCAAGUAUCAGAGAAGAGUAUUACACCAAGAAUCAUAUAAUGAAAACUCAAAUUCAUUCACUACACGCAGCAGGAAAGUAUUUUACUUGAAGGAUAUCAUCAAUACAUAUCCAAACCUUUACAAUAAAAUCACAAGAGAAGAUCUGUCAAGCACAGACUGGCAGACCAUACGUGAGAGCAUUCUUCAGUAUCCACCUGUGACAGCCAUAACAAUCGACAGCACUAUCAUGGAUUUGUGCCUGCAGGAAUUCCACGUAGACAAGGCAAUGGAAUACUUUCAAUUCCUCAAAGAGCACAAUUAUCCACUGAAUAUAGCAAUUAUCGGCAAAUAUCUGCGACUUUUUGCCCUAAAGUCUGAUCGACUGACAGAUGCAGACAAGCAGGAGAUUAUAGCUACCUAUAACGCUCUGUUAAAGAAGCAUCCGUAUCUAGAUUCAAUCACAGCCGAACAAUGCAUCAUUGGUUUAUGUCUGACAGACGAAUGGGAGAAAUCAGAGGAGAUAAUCAAAAUACUCAAGUUCACCUCGAUGCCAGGUACGACCGUGUAUUCUGCAAUAGCCAGUGCAGCCUUUUUACACGACAAGCCUGACGUUGGCUGGGACGCAAUGCGGCGGAUUCUCUUGCGUAAAUUGACACCGCAGGAAAUCGCGUACACCUCGUAUCUGCGUUACUGCGAACGUAGUAAAGAACUCUUCGAUAACAGGCUCGAGAAAAUGUUCACCUUUUGGGCAGACAAUGGCGAGAAAACGUACAAUUACAUAUUGAACACAUACGCUCAAGCCGCCAAAAAUCACAGUUGGUCCGCAGCACCCACGUAUAUUUCUAAAGGAGGAAAAUGCAGCAAAUGUUCUAUGCAGCUGUCUGACUUGUCGUUUAACCAGAAUAUUUUCCAAGAUUUAGUGAAUGCUUUUAUGAAGAAGGUGAUUGUAGGAUCGAAUAUUUAUUAUAAGUCCCAUCCGAAAGAGCUGGAAAAGUUCAUAGAGUUCAUCGCUAGAACGAAGCCUUACGAUGUAGUGAUCGAUGGGCUUAAUGUGACGUAUGCAAUGACGAAAGGCGUUGCGAAGCCAAAUACGUUAGUCGAUGUGGUUAAGUAUUUCGUUAAACGCAAACAAAAAGUGCUUGUGUUAACCCGAAAACAUCAGAAAAAACUAUCCGUUUUAGAAUACAUACAGAAAUAUGCGUUUGUUUUCUGGACUAAUAAUUUAUCCUCCGAUGAUCCAUAUAUAUUGUAUGCGACUCUGGCAAGCGGAGAAAAGGCAAUAUUUGUAUCGUCAGAUCUGAUGCGUCAGCACAAGUAUCUUUUGGGAGACAACCGCUUACAAUGGGAGUUCAAGAAAUGGCAAUGCUCACAUCAGUAUUUUGUGAGAUCGUCAGGAAACCAGUUUAAAAUCAUAUCGCCAUUCAACUUUAUGCCACAUGCUCAGAAGAACUCCAACAGCUGGCAUAUACCAUAUCUCAGUGACACUUCCACGAAUGCAGAGACAUAUGAGUUCCCCGACAAGUGGUAUUGUUUCCAUAAAAUGCAUAACAAAAAUAAAAAAGAUCAAUAUUAAGAUUAUGCAUUUA